GAGAACUUAAAACCAUAGCUCAGAUUGACUUCGAAGGAUUACAAUGGGGCAAGGAGAGGAGGUGAAAACAAGAGCUGAUCCCAAAGUAGAAAUCCAGGAGAGAGGGGAUAUAUUUUUCUUCUAUCGACCUAAAAUUGCAAAGGAGGAAGCUCAUGGCGUCGAUGAUGUGCAAAAGAUGUACAUAAUCCUUCGGCCGGAGUCCGGCGAGAGGACAUUUGAGGAGAAACAAUCUCCGGAUUCGGGAAAGGAAGGCAAGAAAAGGACAGAAGAGGAGAAAGAAAAUGAUGAUGAGGAUGCUGAAAAAGAUAAACCUGAAGGUGGCCAUGGGGCCCAGGAGGUGAACAUUGAGAAGCAACUGCUGUUGAGGUUUAUUGUAAUGGGAAGGAAAAGCCUUCCAGAUCCAAGUAAGAGGAGUAAGCCUUAUUGGGGUUUUGUAGAGAUGGUCACUACAAAAACAGAAGACAUUAAGACUGCUCUUAAAGGGGAAGAAUAUGAUACAGCAACUAUCGGCCACCGUCGGCAGGCACCGGCGAGAGCUCUUGCGGAAGGAGUCUACCGCAUUCUAAGGCAUCAAUUCGGCCGGCAAACUCACACUCAUCUCAUAUACAAGCUCGAGUUCCCGGCUGAAGACACCCCUAAUGAACCACAGGAGGAAUUCAACAUAGAACGCGAAGGCUCCUUCAUCAUCCAGAUAAGGAAUCCGGAACACUCCGGCCACGGCAGUGGUUUCGAUGGACUUCAAACGAAGCGGCGUGCAGCCUUUCCGGCGAGCCUCCAGGGAUGCCUUGGUAAGCGGCAGUUCGCCGCAGCUGACCCUCCUGAUUUCCUGAACUAUGAGGGGUGUGAGUUUCUGCUGAUUUCAGCUUCUGAUGAUAUUGAUGAAGAGUUGGGUUUGGAUCUGAAAACACAGAAUGAGGGUGAGGAGGAAGAAGCUGAUGAGUCCUGUUCUGACUUGAUAAAGUUGUUUGGUGAUUCUGCUUCAUCAAAACCCUUGUUCAGUGGAACUUGGGUUUGAAAUUUGUUUUGGCUCAAUGAGCAAAGUAUGCUGAAAACACAGAAUUUUGUUUUUGCUACUUUUCAAAGAGUAAUGCUUAACCAAGCGAAUUUUGUGCCUGCAUGUCUGUCUUAAAAGAUAUGUUAGUGUAUCUUAGGGUCUGUUUGGGGCGACUGU